UGAAUAUGCGCCAAAGCCUUUUAUUCACUUAUGGCAGCUUUCUGGGAUGCGUUUCUGAUAAUAUCUGGAUCGCCUGCUUCUCCGCCAUCUAAUGAUGCCAGCAUGAAAAAUCUUCAUCUUGGGAAUCUCAAGAAGUGAUAUCUAGAACAUUGCUAACACUGCCGUCCCUAGCCCCACCAUCGACGGCGACCUUGCCCAACCUGAAUACCUCAAGAUCUCCCUCCAAUGGAGACGCUUCUCCGUUGGAGCACUCCAUACUUACGAACGAUGACGCUCCAUACGAUAGUGAAUCCGCCCUCUCCGAGGUAGCGGUUGCCAUCGUCGACCGACCCUCAUCGGCGUCCUCGACAAAUCAUCAAUCCGAAUUCGGCGCUGGAGGUACAGAUGUUGAAGAAUCCUCUGUGGCGGAAGCCGAGGGUGAAUCUGACGAUGCCGAGUUCGAUAUGGAGGACAGUCCUGCUCCUGUUGUUGCCAAUGGCGAGCGGGCAGAUAGAUCAACGUCUACAGAUUCGCGUCGUCCUCCCAAGCGAAAGGCGGCCGUUGAGGACCAGCAUAUACUGGCCAAUCCAGAAUUAUACGGACUUCGGAGAAGUGUGAGUAUUCCUAUGGAAUUACAAUGUCCUGGCCUCUUUACUAAUUUUCAAUUACAGGGUCGGCCAGUCCAACAUCGUCCUAUUGUAUGUUGUCUGCUAUUGGCUGAAACUAUUGACUUCCCCAUGUACUAGGCAAAAGCUCACACUUCAUAGAUUGAGUCUGAUGAUGACGAUGUUAAUAAUGACGACUCUGAUUCAGAUGUCGUGGCAUCUCGCAGACCGAAACGAAGAAAGCAGGAGCGGUCGCGACCAGGUAAUUGACCUGAACAUGCUUUCAAAAAACAAAUCUUUAUGCUAAUUGGUUACCUAUAGUCUCUAAACGGAACACCCCAGCCAUUCCUUCGGCUUCAGCCUCCGAAUCAGACAGUGAUACAUAUGGCGGUGCCCGCGCUCGAAAAUUAACAAAAAAGAAUCGUCGGCAGGCCGAGUCGAAUAGCCUAGCCCCCGCCUAUCAAGAAAAACGAUGGAGCAAUCGCAGAGCGGCACAAGUUACAGCAGGAGCAUACCAAGAGAGCGACGCAGAGUUGGAUGACGAGUCUGAGAUGAUGACGCCAAAUCAAUGGAUGGCGGAUGUUGAGGAUACCUCUGCAUAUGUAGAUCAGGUUCUGAAGCAUAAAUUGAAGGAAGGAGAGUCCAUGGACAAUCCUGAAUUGGGUCGUGAUAAUUUUGAGUAUUACAUCAAGUGGCAAGGCAAAUCGCAUUACCAUUCGACAUGGGAGACAACAACAACCUUGACAGGUGUUCGAGGCUUCCGCCGUCUUGAGAAUUAUUACCGAAAGGUGGUUCUUGAGUCAAUAUUCAUGGAGCGCGGCGAAGAUAUCCCUCCUGAAGAGAAAGAAAAGUGGAUGCUGGAAAGAGAGCGGGAUUCUGAUGCCUUACUUGAUUACACCAAAGUGGAAAGGGUCAUCGGAAAUCGUAAUGGAGAGGAAGAGACCGAGUACUACGUAAAGUGGAAAGGUCUUUACUAUGAAAGCUGUACCUGGGAAAGUGCUUCACUUGUUAGCGAACUCUCCCAGGACGCCAUUGACGGCUUUCUGGACCGCAGCUCUCGAACCCUGACUUCGUCCAAAGAAGAGUCCAACCCAAAUACUCGUGGACCACACAAGACCAUCCGAGAGCAACCUUCAUACAUCAUGAAUGGUCAACUACGAGACUUCCAAAUCAUGGGUCUAAAUUUCUUGGCUUAUAAUUGGGCGAACAACAAGAAUGUAAUCCUGGCAGACGAGAUGGGUUUGGGAAAAACCGUACAAACAGUGGCUUUUAUGAAUUGGCUCCGAAACGACAGAAACCAACAAGGUCCAUUUCUCGUUGUGGUCCCUCUGACUACUAUCCCCGCCUGGGCUGAUACCUUCGACUACUGGGCACCCGACCUGAACUAUGUCAUUUAUAAUGGCAAAGAAGCAUCUCGAAGUAUCAUCCGGGAGUAUGAACUUCUCACUGAUGGAAACGUCAAGCGUCCAAAGUUCAACGUUCUCCUCACCUCUUAUGAGUAUAUUCUCACCGACGCUACCUUCUUAGCUCAAAUCAAAUGGCAAUUUAUGGCAGUAGAUGAGGCCCAUCGUCUGAAGAAUCGAGAAUCACAGCUCUAUCAAAAGCUCCUCGACUUCAAAGCUCCCAGCCGGUUACUCAUCACUGGUACUCCCGUUCAAAACACAUUGGGAGAAUUGUCUGCUCUCAUGGACUUCCUUAUGCCUGGAGUUCUACAAAUUGAAGACGACAUGGAUUUGACGGAGGAGGCUGCUGGUCAGAAGAUUGCUGAUCUUACCACCCAAAUUCAACCGUACAUCCUACGCCGCACAAAGCAGAAGGUUGAGAACGAUCUACCACCAAAAACGGAGAAAAUCAUCAGAGUCGAGCUUUCGGAUGUUCAGGUUGAAUACUACCAGAACAUCAUGAAGAGAAAUUACGAGGCUCUCAACCAGGGUUCUACGGGGCAAAAACAUUCUCUCCUGAACAUCAUGAUGGAACUCAAGAAAGCUAGUAACCAUCCAUAUAUGUUUCCAAACGCCGAAGAGAAGAUUUUAAAAGGAAGCCCGAGACGUGAUGACCAACUCAAAGGGCUAAUUGCCAGCAGUGGCAAAAUGAUGUUACUGGAUCGUCUUCUUGACAAACUCAAGAAGGAUAAUCACCGAGUCCUGAUUUUUAGCCAGAUGGUCAAGAUGCUUGACAUACUCGGAGAUUAUCUUCAACUUCGUGGUUACCAAUUCCAACGACUCGAUGGCACGGUUGCCGCAGGUCCCCGUCGUAUGGCCAUUGAUCAUUUCAAUGCGGAGGGAAGUAAUGACUUUUGCUUUCUGCUGUCAACCCGAGCCGGAGGUCUUGGUAUCAAUUUGAUGACCGCCGACACUGUGAUCAUCUUUGAUUCAGAUUGGAACCCUCAAGCAGAUUUGCAAGCAAUGGCUCGAGCCCAUCGAAUUGGUCAAAAGAAGCCCGUCAGCAUUUAUAGGUUGGUUUCAAAGGCCACAGUCGAGGAGGAGGUCCUCGAGCGUGCCCGUAACAAACUUAUGCUUGAAUUUAUUACAAUCCAAAGAGGUGUGACCGACAAGGAAAAGAAAGAGCUCCGCGAGAAAGCGGUCAAGGCUGGCAAAAUUGGUGAUCCAAAGUCCUCUGACGAUAUUUCCCGAAUCUUGAAAAAGCGGGGACGCAAGAUGUUUGAACAAACUGGUAACCAAAAGAAACUUGAAGAACUCGACAUUGACUCUGUUCUAGAGAAUGCCGAAGAACACAAAACUGAAGUUCCUGAAGGAAUGGAUGCCGACGGUGGCGAAGACUUCCUCAAGAGUUUUGAAUAUACCGAUGUCAAGCUUGACCUUGAAUGGGAUGACAUCAUUCCAAGAGAUCAACUCGACGAGAUUAAAGCCAAGGAACAAGACCGUGCGAACCAAGAGUUCCUCCAGAAGAUGCAGGAAGAGAACGCACCUCGUAGAGCCGCGAUGAAAAACACCGCAGAAUACGAGCGAGAACGGCGUCUCGAGAAGAAACGAGAAAGAGACCAGGCGAAGCAAGACGAAUUGGAUGAGAAGCGCGAAGCUCAGGCCAAUCUUGCUGAUCCGAAGCGACCGCUGAAUGAGAAGGAGGCAAGAAAUCUUCAUAGAGCAUUCCUUCGUUAUGGUUCAAUUGAAGAACGAGGCGAGGAGCUCAUCAAAGAUGCUCGCCUCAUUGGUCGAGAUCUCAAUCUGAUGGCGGACUUUAUCAAAGCAAUCACAGACGAGAGCAAGAGACUACUUGCAGAAGACCAAGCCAGGAUUGCUGCGAUGGAACGCGAAUCAAACAAACCACUUACUAAAAAAGAUAAAAAGGCAGUUCUCUUUGAUUAUCUGGGUGUGAAGAGGUUGAAUGCGGAGACUGUUUUGGAGCGCCCAGGAGAGAUGGCCAUGCUCAAGAAUCUCGUGGCCAAUUUAGCAGACUAUAAGAACUUCCGGGUUCCCGACGCGUCGAAAGCGGCACAUUAUUCUUGUCCUUGGGGGGCUCGCGAGGAUGGUAUGUUACUCGUGGGCAUCCACAGGCACGGCUAUGGAGCUUGGGUUCAAAUUAGAGAUGAUCCGGAUCUUGGUCUGAAAGACAAAUUCUUCCUCGAGGAGCACCGAGUUGAUAAGAAAGAGGAACGCAUCAAGGGUGACGAACAAAAAGUGGCUAAAGCACCUGGUGCUGUUCAUCUUGUUCGUCGCGCCGAUUAUCUCCUGUCGGUGCUGAAAGCCAAGCACUCUGAUAGUCAAGCGGCCAAACGGGCGGUUGAGAACCACCACCGGAAUAACAAGAAAAACGAUAGGACCAAUGGACAUCGACGUUCCGAGGCCAGAGGAUCUGUUUCUGCUUCGCCUGCCCCACAGAACAAGAAGAAUCGCCUCCUCGACAGGGACCGAGAUCGGGACCGUACCCAUAGUCACAGCUAUAGUCGCAGCGACUCCCAUUCCAAGCCUGACUUGAAAAGAAAGCAUAGUGCACCAGAGGACGAUCGACACUCAAAACAUCGUAAAUCGGACCACGGCCAUUCCAAGUCGACCAGCGAACCCGAUCCUAUGAUGCGUAUAGUCUUCAAGCCCGUGAAGGAGAGUUUGAAGAGGAUACAAGCAGCGACCAAGGAGCGCAUCAAAUCACAGAAAGAACGUGCCAGUGUGAUGAAGAGCGAGCUUGUGGUGAUCGGAGACUUUGUGGAAGCUGAGUUGAAAGAAACUCCUUCAACUCAGGUGAAGUCGCUGCGGUCCAGGUUUUGGUUGGUCUUCGAACGCCCAUUUUGAAACCCCUACUAACAUUAUGAAUAGGGGCUAUGUUGCAACAUUCUGGCCAGUAGUUGAUUCAUCAAUCACUGGAGUCCGCCUGGAAACAAUGUAUCUUAGGAUCAGAUAUCCGGAUGGAAAGCCCGGUGACACUGGGACUAAUGGUGCCUCAUCAUCGAAGGGGUCAGCGACCAAGACCUAAAAGCUUGGGGCGUCCUUUCACAUAGAAUUUGAUGUGAUUUUACGAAUUCAUUGCGUUGGCGUUAACGGUGUGGGACGCGGCAAGGCAACCAUACCUUGUGUCUGAAAGGGAUUCAUGGCAUCGUACGGCGCUUUUGUUUUAGUGUUUUGUAUUGUUUAUUAGAGGAAGGUAUCAUCCUCGGAGGUGGAGUUUUUAUAGUGUUUUUUCUCUGUCCGGGGGUUGGUGUCACAAUCGUACAAGAACUCAAAAUUUCUGGUGGGAGCGGCAUUUCUGGUGAUCUACAGUUUUUUGGAUGGAGAGUCCAAGAAGGCAUGGUGAAAGUAGCGAUUACUACUUUGGAGGUAGAGUAGUUACAACAAAGCGAAACAAGAAGUUACAAAUAUUAAUUCAGC